AUGCACAUACCAAUAGUAUUCAUAUUGUUAGUGAUCCAGUGUACACUCUGCCCCAGUAUUCGAGUGCCCGUGAACUGGAGCGAUGACAGUGAAGUGAAUACAAGCGAACAGUUAAAAAACACGGUCAAACAUGAAGAUGCUAACGAAGAACACAUACCACACGAAUAUUUUCACUACACUGCGAAGAAACCACAAUUCGCCAUCAACAUAGCGAAAGCUCAUGGUGUUCAGUCCCCUGAAAAGCUUUUUAAAUCUCAUCCCAUUACACCUCAUACGGGCUUUCCUAAGCCACGGUUAGGAGAUCACCGCAUUCAUCCUGAAAAAAUUCUUGCUCGACCAUACAGAGGAUUUGUUCAAAGUUCUGGUGGUUCUCAUUACGCAAAACCUGCUACAACCUCUUUUGAAGUGUACCAUCCCUAUAAAUCAGAAGAACCUGCAUUGCAACAACUGUAUAAAGAUCCCAAUGUUGAUAAAAUAAGGAAUAAUUUACGAGAUAGCCAUCAUAAAUUACAGAAGUAUCAAAAUGAGGCUGGACAGUCAAAUGUCACAAAAAACGAAUACGUCGAAAGUCCAGUGGAAAUCGAUCACAGAAAACUUCCACAAAAAAAUAUACCAACACAAUUUGAAGUGCAUAGACCCCAGCGCCGACCAGUUUAUUAUAAUUAUCCACCGAAACCGAUUCACAGAGAGAAUCUAGUAAGUCAAAAACUUAGACAUCCUUGGAGUCAAAAUAUUGCCAAAGUCACUCCGAUUCACUAUCGUCCUAUAAAGAAUCAUUUGCAUGGAUUAAGACAACAACAUUCAUUGAAAUUUGAUGACGAGCGUAAUGAAUAUCCUCAAUUACUGCCACAGGAAGAUGAAGAAGAAUCAGAAGGUUAUGACAUAUAUCAAAAAGGUAAAGCUAGGUUUGUGCAACUAAAGGAUGAUGUUGAUGACACAAUAAAUAAAGUGUUGCAACAAAAUAGGCAACAUGCUGGCAGUAAUCUGGAAUCGCAUAGUGAAGAACGAGAUAAUGAAAACACGUCUAGUAAAGAGGUAGAUGACGAUGAUUUUGUUCCCGUAAAAAAUUACGCUCAAGUGAGAAAAACAGAAGUAACAAAACAUCUCCCUAGAGAAGCUGCAGUUCAAGAUGCCGAGAACUUUGAAGAAAUUCAAAAUGCACCACGAUUAAGAGAAGCUAUAAAGAGUAAAAAAGCACAAAUCGUGUAUUCUGAAGAAGGUUAUGAAGAUACGGCUUACGAUCAUGCCGGGGAACAAAAACAUGCAUCCGAUCAUGAAAAUCAUGGUGGAUAUCUGAAACAAGAUGCAGAGAGUAAAGGAAAAUAUAAAACACCGUCUUUAAGUACGAAGUAUAAAAAUAAAGAAGGAUCAAAACAUGGGAAUCAAAUAGAGCAUGAUGAAAAAUGGGAAAAUGAUAUAAAACAAAAUGAAGAUGAAGAUGAAUCCGAUUAUUACGAAUCUGAAGAAGAAGUAUCUGAUAAUAAUAAUGAAACAGAGGAAAGUGAAGAAAAUAACCGAAAUAAACGAAACACCGAAGGUAUUGUAAAUUUAGAUAUUGGCAUCAGCAAAAAAAAUAUUGACACACUUAAGGAAAAAAAUAAAGAACAAGAUGUAGUGAACCAUGUUGUGAUAAAGCGUGAUGUUUUGCUGAAUGCUUCAAAUGAAAAAUCGAUACAAAAAAAACAAGCUGAUAGUAUAAAGAAAAAAUAUCCCUAUUACUUCCAAAACCUUAAGCUUCUUAGUAAAAACUCCCCACUUCGUUAUGCUGAAAACUUUGAACUUAUCCCUAAAAAGUCAAAUGGAGGUUCCGAGUUUUACGACUCAAAAUCUCAGCUUGAAUGUCCAGAAGUUGAAGACGAUGUUGAUGCUAUACCAGAUAAAUUAAAAAAAGAAGGUCACCCAGAUGAAAGUAUUGAAAACUUAAGUGAGGAAGCUAAAGAUAAAGCAAAGUUUAGUACUUUGGAAAAUAAACAAAGACUUAAAGGACUUGGCGACAAAAUUGACUGUUUUAAGGCUAAAUAUUUUGGUGAAAAUCCAUUGGAUAAUCCCUUUUUUCAAGAAGAUACCAUUGAAAAUCCUGAACCUGUAAUAAAACCCACUUUAGAUGUAUUUAAUAACAUACAGGUAGACAAAUACACGGAAGACGAGCUAUUAACCCAAAACUCCGAUAUAAUUAAUGUUCUGGGUGUAGUACGCAAAAAUCAAAAUGAAUCGUCAUCCCCUAGUACGGCAAUCAAUGUAGAUAGAGCUAAAUAUAACUCAAAUGUUACAUUUUCUAUACCGGAUACUAAAAAUUUAACACUCUCCUACAUUCGCAAAAAAAGAGCAACACCUUUUACUUAUGAACCAUAUAAAAUAAUUAAAGACAGUCAAAUUCCAGAUUCUAAGAAAACUACAACUAGUAGUAAUAUAAGUCCUUUAAUAAAACAACUACAAUUGAGCAGAGUUAUUGAUAAAGUAACUAUGAACCAGGAUAAAGAUCUAUCUGUAAAGAAGAAUAAUACAAAAGUUUACAAAACUAUCGGUAAAGGUGACAGAAAAGAAAACCAAAAUGAUAAAAGUAAUGAUACAUCUAUUCCCAGUUUUGUUGAUGUUAAUUCUGACUUACGAAGAGGAGAACCACGUUAUGAAAUAAGACCACAAAAUCAUAAACCUCAAUAUACACCAGUCGAAAACAAAAAAGCUAUAUCUCGUGUUGACAACAAAGAACAAACUGCGUAUAUAGAAUCAACAACCCAAAACCAACUUAAAAAAUCAAAAAGACGAAAACCAACUAUGAAACCAUACUUUGAUGUUUCACAGUUUCUACCAAAAAGUAUAGAUACACAAAAUACUGCUUCUUCCAAUAGAGUGCGAAGAAUUAUUCGAACCAGUACUGUGAUACCAACAACAGAACGACUGAAUCGACAAAAAUAUCGACAAAGUAAUAGUAGCGAAAAGGAGUACGAUGAACAAAAUGAUAACGAGAAAACUAAAAUAAUGACAACUUCUGUUAAACCAACAAUAAGAAAAAAGACCAGAGGCACGACUACUACAAUCAAGCCUAUUAAAGUCGAAAAUGAAACUGAGCCACCUAAACUCCGUCUUGUUACCAGAUUCCGUGAUUAUGAACCAAAUCAAGAAACAAUAACUAGUUAUGAUGCUACUACAAUACCAAAUGAUAAUGAGCGCAACUCUCCAAAGUAUACAGAAAAGAAAAGGAAAUCGACGAAAAGCACUUUAGUCACUGAUACAAAGACUUAUGGAGAGGGAGAUGGAGAUGAAGACGAUAUGAGAAAAGAGGAAGUUGAUGAUUUAAUUGGUGUAAAGCAUGAUGAAGAAUAUUUACCUUUGUAUGACAGAGUUGUCAAUAAAAUAAAUCGUUUAAAAAAUGAAGAUUUGAAUAAAAAAAUGGAUCAUAGCUACGAUAGCGAUGUUUAUGGUGAUAAUGCGAGUGAAGAUAAAUUCCACUUUGAUGAGGAUGACGAUGAUGAUGAAGAGGAGGAGGAAGAAGAGGAGGAGGAGGAUGAGGAGGAAAAUGACGACAGUGGUGUAAAAGAUAAAGAUAAUGACGAAUACGAAGAUGAGGGUGAGGAUAAAGAAAACGAACAAGCUGAAACUAAUUCAAAUGAUAAAGAAAGUCAAUUAGAGAUCACAACUUCGGAGCCAACUAAGAGAACAUUAGCUAAAACUACUGAAGCUCCAGCUACAACAACGGAAUCACGUAGCGCGGAAAUACAAUUAAAACCAACCAUAUCUAAAAAGAAAAUGGAAAUACACACAGAACUACCUUUUAAUAAAUCUUCACCACAUGUUACUCAAUUUAAACAAGACAUUAAAGAAUUUGAAAUCAUCAAGGAAUUGACACCUAAACCUAAAAAGAAAAAUAAUAAAAACAAAGAAACUUUAGAUUUAUUCAGAGAUGAGAAGUUAGCAGAAGAAGUAAAUAAAUUAGGAGAUGUAGAAGUUUUUAGGGAAAAUUUGGAUGUGAAAUCGGGACCAAAACAUGGUGGAAAUUACAGAAGUAUAACACCGGAAGAGUUAGAAAAAGAAAAUAGACAUGUUAAAAAUAAAGGUGACGUCGAAACCUCACAGACUGAAACAAGAAAGUUUAUAGAAGUAAAUACGGAAAUACCUUCAAGAAGACGCGUUGGUUAUACAAGUCGUAGUACUCCACAGAGAAAUGGCAGCGAGAAAAGUGAUAAAUAUGUAGAGCUUCGUGACACCUACGAUCCAAAGCCACGUUUGCAUGGUGGAAAUUUGAAACUGCCGCAAAGCAGAAGUCAAAACCGCAAUAGUAAAAGUGAAAGAUAUGUUGACAUUAACGAAGAUGAAAAUGAGGAACCGUCACGUAUGCACGGUGGUAAUUUUAAAUCAUAUGGGAGCAGUAGAAACUCCGGUCGGCCCAUGCAUGGUGGAAACUACAGAAGUGCGAAACUGGUUCAGUCUGAAGAAAGUGAAGAAAAACCAACUCAAACUCGCGGAAAAUCAAGAGAUAGGGGAAAUGCAGUAGCUUCAUUAAAUGGGUAUGCACGCGCUGUUCCAAUUCUAACGACUACGCCAGGAUUUAUUUUAGACCCUAGCAAACGUAUGUACUACUAUGUCGAUGCCUAA